CCCAAAUCAGCCAACGAAAACCCUGUAGAUCACAACGGUCCGAUCCCGUUGUGCACGAGGUCGCCAUGAGCCGACCUGACAGCAGCCGAGAGCAACCGCAAAGUUGUAGCACGGGUCGGGUGCAGCGUCCCGGGCAAUUCAUGGAGAUCGAGCCCGAAAUGCUGGCCAUGGAGACCAUCGUCCCCGUGUACUUUGCCGUGGAGGAUGAGGCCCUGCUCUCCAUCUACGAGCAGACGCAGGCGGCGUCGGCCUCCCAGGGCUCCGCCUCAGCCGCCGAAGUGCUGCUGCACACGGCCACCGCCAACGGCUUCCAGAUGGUCACCAGCGGGGUCCAGAGCAAGGCCGUGAGCGACUGGCUCAUCACCAGCGUGGAGGGGCGGCUGACCGGGCUGGGUGGAGAGGACCUGCCCACCAUCGUCAUCGUGGCCCACUAUGACGCCUUCGGAGUGGCUCCUUGGCUGUCCCACGGCGCAGACUCCAACGGGAGCGGCAUCUCCGUGCUGCUGGAGCUCGCCCGGCUCUUCUCCAGGCUCUACACCUACAAACGCACCCACGCCGCGUACAACUUGCUGUUCUUUGCUUCCGGAGGGGGCAAGUUUAACUACCAGGGAACCAAGCGCUGGCUGGAGGACAACCUGGACCACACGGAUUCCAGCCUGCUCCAGGACAACGUGGCCUUCGUCCUGUGCCUGGACACCGUGGGCCGGGGCAGCAGCUUGCACCUGCACGUGUCCAAGCCCCCCCGGGAGGGCACGCUGCAGCACGCUUUCCUCCGGGAGCUCGACACGGUGACCACCCACCAGUUCCCAGAGGUACGGUUCUCCAUGGUGCACAAGAAGAUCAACCUGGCAGAGGACACGCUGGCCUGGGAGCACGAGCGCUUCGCCAUCCGCCGCCUGCCCGCCUUCACCCUCUCACACCUGGAGAGCCACCGCAAUGGCCAGCGCAGCAGCAUCAUGGACGUGCGGUCCCGGGUGGACUCUAAAACGCUAACGCGGAACACAAGGAUCAUCGCGGAGGCCCUGACCCGCGUCAUCUACAACCUGACCGAGAAGGGGACCCCUCCUGACAUGCCUGUCUUCACCGAGCAGAUGAUCCAGCAGGAGCAGCUGGACUCGGUGAUGGACUGGCUCACCCACCAGCCGCGGGCCGCCCAGCUGGUGGACAAAGACAGCACCUUCCUGAGCACCCUGGAGUACUACCUGAGCCGCUACCUGAAGGACGUGAAGCAGCACUACGUGAAGGCCGACAAGCGGGACCCCGAGUUUGUCUUCUACGACCAGCUAAAGCAGGUGAUGAACGCGUACAGGGUCAAGCCGGCCAUUUUCGACCUGCUCCUGGCUGUCUGCAUCGGCGCCUACCUCGGAAUGGCCUACACGGCCGUACAGCACUUCGACCUCCUGUACAAGACGGUCCAGAGGGUGCUCCUGAAGGCCAAGACGCAGUGACCUGGAGCCCGAGGGCCGCGCCCUGUGGACCCGCCAGCCGAGGCAGCCAGUUGGGCACGGACCUCACCUUCCACACCCAUGGUUGAAACUGAAUUACAGAGGUGUUCUGUGUUGCUCUUUCGGACUUGGGGGGUGCUUUCCUUUGUCCUUUUUUCCCUCUGAACUUGCGUGGAGGAGAGCCUGGUGGAGGCCCAGGGGCAGCCACGGACUGGAGGAGCCCCGCCAGCUUCGUGUAGUAUGAGCUUUAAAGAGGAAACGCGCCAGGACGGCCCCGCUUUCCGGUGCCCGGGCCCUGCUGACCUGACCUAGCUGUG